AUGACCCCCAAAAUUCAGAUCCCGAUAAAUGAUAUUCUCAAAACCCUCCACCAUGCUGCCAGAAAACGCAUCAACACCGGUCAGGUACUAAAGGAGAAGGAAAAGACGGCAUAUACCAAGCGAGACUAUCAACGCAAGCGUGUAGAGCUGAAUCAGACGAAGUUUCUACAGCCUCUGGAUGCAGAUAACUCCAAAGCUAGCAUUUACUACAUCAGGCAGAAGCUCACUAGAUACUGUGAUCAUGCUGAUGCAGGACCCUGGCGAGAUGCCAUUCGUGAGGAGAAAUGUGACAAAGGCUUUAUGAUGUUGUUUCUGUACUGGAUAUGCGAGACCUAUAUUGUAAAGAAGCGAAAGAGGAAGAGGACCAAGAGGAAAUCCGUCAAUCAAUACUGGCGAGAUUUCAAGAUGCUCUACCGUCGGAUAAAUGGGAAAUUCGUGGACGCGAACGACUCAAAUAAGGUCGUAAAGGCCUACACAGGCGGCCGACUAGCGGAGUUCGUCUACGCUUCGAAGGGUAAGGCAAGCCAGGACCCUCUUGGCGAAGCAGAAGAGGUGGAGAGCGAACGGCAUCGCCAGGAAGGGGACGAAGGUGACUGCCUGCCUGAUACCAGUAACCAAGGUGUCGACCUCGACUAUGAUGACGAUAGUGACGCUGAUAACGACGGGUUUGACCCUUGCGAUGAGAGCGACGACCGCACGGUGGAUGAUGACGAUACAUCCCUAGAUAAAGGUGCGGACACAAGCAUGGACCUCGAUAGCGGUUACACUAGCGACGAGACCGACAUCUCUAUGAAGGAGAACGAUCGAAAGCCGGCACAACAGACGUGUAGACAACAAGCCCAAGCCGUAAAGUCGGCGACGAAGCCUAUGCUCUACUCCGCUUACGCCUUCUAUCUUAACCGGCUCGGGAAGGAUUCUGGCUUCGAAGACAAGCUAACUAGCUAUUGCUUUCGCCGAGGGACCUCAAAUGCGAUUGAUGGUCUUGCAUCGGAGGCUAUUCGGGAUCAGGUCAUGCGGCACGAUCUAUACACGGGAGUUUUCAACGGUGCCUACAACAAUGAAAGCGUUAGGUUUAAUGUACAGGACGCCUACCUGAACGGCGAGAUCUCUAAAGAUGGUCUUACACGGGCCUUUACACACAUGAGCAUCCGAUACAAUCCUGGCGCUCCUAAAGAAGUACCCCCAGAGGUGAUGAAGCAACUCCUAGCAGCGGCACCAGACAUUGUUGAGCUGGAACAGCAGCUACAGCGAAACUUAGAUACAGAGGACGAUCAGGAUGCAGAAGACCCCGAACCUCCAAUCCCGCACCAGCUUACAGAGCGGAUACGGGUACAGCAGCUCCUAUGCGAUCUCUCGACAGACUUGAGCCCUCAAGACAUUGUCUCCCGGAAGAUCCUUGCUAUCGACGCCCAAACGUCGCUCGCGUCGCGACAAGAGCCCCAGACCCGCAAGCCGAAGCUAGUCCCGACCUGCGAGGAUUGUCUUAAAAAAGAGCCUUUAUCCUCCGCUUCAAGUCCCACUCCCUCUCCUCAGGCCGAAGAAGAGUUUCCCCUUAUCGUGGGCAAGACCCAAUGUAUCUUCUGUAUCGGGAACGAACGGUAUACAUACGACCACCGGACUCGUACCUUUAAACGCGUGUCUCACAUGUGGGACCAUGUUGAGAACCUUCAUCUGAAGCACCUUGGCCAGGUGAUACCUUGUCCUCAUCCCACGCCCGUGCUUGGUGUCAGUAUGCGACUACUCGGUGUAGACCCUGCGCAGAUCUCAAAUGCCCAACAAGCCAAUGUUCGCCGGCAGACAGACAAUGUCGGGCUUCACAAGACGGAAUUGGCUGGCGGAGCUUACCUCGUCAAUGGAACAAAGUUCUUCCGUGUCGCGAGUGAUACGCGCGGUCACGUGAUAAGCAAUUCGAAGCAGCAACGACAUUGCCUGAGGUAUUUCAGUUUGCGCUGGUAA